CGUCAGUCGCUGUGGUUAUGGGUAGCUUCGUGAAAAAAUGGAGGUUAUUCGAGGAAAAAAAUGAACAUGGUGCGAAAAUUUUCAUCGUAAUUUCGCCUUUUGAUGCUUCGCUGAAUGCAUGCCUUGUUGAGAUUCUAUGAUGUUGGAAACUCAAAGAUUGCUUAUCGUUAUCAACAUCCAGACGCGUGGCUUUCACAUUUUGUUGAUACAAUAACUCACGUGAGAAAUGUUGCUCGCUUAUUUACAAUACAUUUAUAUAUAUUUAAGAAUCAAUGAAAAUCUAAUAUUUGUUCACGCGAAGUGGAAUCACUCGCAGAAAUAAUCUAAUCAAUUAAUCAGACUAUUUGAACGCGAUAAGAACAGCACUUGUGUGCGAAUGAAAAAAUCCCUUAUAAAGAGUGCAUUUCAUCGAAUGCGGCAAAAAGCAACGUGGCAAAAGACCAAGCGAACUGUAGACGCGAUACAAUAGAGAAGAUCGUCAAUUUAUAUGUUUCCAUGGAGAACACAAAUCACAAUUACGGAAGAAUCGGUGAAAAGUGUUCUAACGGUGCAUCGAGAGUAUGGAGAUUGAUCGAAAGUUCUUCGAAAUCGAAUGGAAAAGAGAUUGAAAAAAUAUCUAUCGAAAGCAUUCCUGAGGAUCGUUACGACGAAGCAGUGGACUUUCUGUGCAAGUACUAUAUUGCGGAUGAACCAUUGUGUCAAAGUAGAAACAUCAAUAACGAUCUAGUGGCGCUCGAGGAUUUCCGACGAGAAUGGCGAGAAACUCUAGAGGAAGGUAUUUCAGUGGGCGCUUUUUCAAUGGGUGAAAAUUUGAGUAAACCCGAGCUGGUGGGACUCAACGUUCUUUACAUCGGUACGAAAGCAGUCGAUGCCAAGGAAAUGGAGAAAAAAACUUUCAACUCGACCAAAGCCAAAGAGCUGAUUGAAAUGUUCGUUCGUGUGCGAGACGCGACUGACAUAUACAAAAAAUAUGAAACUGAUAUUUACCUCGGGGCCAUAGGACUUUGUGUGCACCCACAUUAUCGCGGACUAGGCUUAGCAAAAUACAUGCUCGAUGCAAGAACUAAAAUAGGUCAGGAACUUGGUAUUCCAGUAACUGUGACCAUUUUCACUGGACCCUUGUCCCAAAUGGCAGCUGAACGAGCAGGGUUUGAAGUCUUGUUUGAACGAAGAUACGAUCAGAUGCUGGACGAUAAUGGCGAAAUCAUGUAUCCAGUGAAGGGGUCUAAAAUGAUUAAAGUCAUGGGAAAAAAAUUUGAAUCAAAAUAAGAUCAACGGUGACAUUACUGAUAUCUGAAUAAUCGUCUCCCCUUAAUAAUUUCCACUCCGUAAUUCGAACCUAAAUGCUCAUUUCACUGCUUUUCGAUUUUUCGUCCAGUUAACCUCGAAAUGUAAAUCGAUAUUAUCCUAUAAGUAAUUAAAAUAUCGGCGCAGAUCGAAACCCUGUUCGUCGCUAAUGUAUGUCGUUAAUUUAAUUUCACUAUUUGAAAAAUCCAAUUUUCUUCGGUAAUCUAUAUAAUUAAAUCUGUUGAACUGCAGAUUAUAAAUACUUCGUAGCUAUGUAUGUAUCUGAAAAGUUGGGCGGCUCCAACAGUCCAUAACACGAGGUAUCUAGAUGCAUCGAAAUGUCAUUAAUCAUCACCCACAAACGCUUCGACGAGCAGACUAAUUAAAUGAGUUCAUGCGCUUAUUUACUGUCCAUCGACGCUCACAAAUUUAUACACAGUACAUGUGCCCGUAAAAAAGGGAUCUUUGCGAUUGAAUUCUGUCAUGAACUAUUUAACAGGAUUUAUCAGGAAAAUAAAACCUUCGACGAAUGCUUAAAAAA